CCGAGUGGAUGAGAGAAUGCAGGGAAGGAAAAUUUCCACUUCACAAAGACAUUUUAAAGAGACGGUGUUUGGGGAUAGUGAUGCCACAGAAAGACUCACAACUCAAAAUCUCAUAACAGGGUUCAGUAGUUUAACAAAUUCAACUCCAAAUCGUCCCCCAGACAAUCACUGCAGAAUCCUCCCGGUGGCAAUUGCCUGUAUCUGAGGAUUUUACAUCUGUCUUUCGUCACUGUCAGUACUGCCACAAACACACUCUCAUAAAAAGGGAGGUAGAACUGCAUCAGGCUCUAAAACACCACCCAGCUCACCCCUCGCUCAGCAACGCGGGUCGCUAAGGAUGCCUGGGUUGCCACCAGCGGCUCGAAGAGGGCGGGGCUGCCGGAGCCUGCGAUUGGCUGCUUCGUGCAUAUCGUCCCGCCCCGCCCUGUAGCUCCUCCCAGGUUUCCGUUGUCAAGGACGCGGCGUCGGUUGUUAUCAAGAUGGCGGCUGCGGAGUUGCUGCCGCCCCCUCUGCUAUUGCCCGGCGAGGUCGCCGCUGCCUCAGCUGCCAUCUGCACUAAAGGCACAAGUGCCGCUGCGCGGGAGCUAGGGCUGUCGCGGCCGACCCUUCGGAGCCCGUGACGCGGGGCCUGAGAGACGGAGUAUAGGGAGGGGCCGAGCAGGAGGAGGAGGAAGCCAGAGCUGCCAUGAGGGAGGCGCUGGGGGCGAACAGAGAGGCGGCGCUGAAGUGAAGGAUGCUGGCGGGGAGGCCCGGAGCCCGGAGCGCGGUCGGGGAACUGGGCACUGAAUCAUCGGACAACCUCGACAGAGCCCCCCUCGACCCUCGGGAGAGCGGCGGGCAUCACCGACCUGGCGCUUACCUAGAUAUGAAAAUCCAUCUGGAGAAAAAUUUAGAAGAAGAACGCCAGAUAUUACUGCAGCAACAAAAAAUAUGUCGAAAUCGAGCACGUAAAUAUUUUGUGGAGUCAAAUCGGAGAAAAAAAGCUUUUGAGGAAAAACGAAAAGAACAAGAAGAAAAAGAACACCAAAUUAGAGAACAAAUACUUCAACAAAGAAAACAGAGGUUUGAAGAAGUUACUGAAAAAUUCCAGCGUGCCCAUAUUCCUCUUUCACAGCGGAGGAAAGCAGUUUUCAGAAAACCAGUUCCUCCAUUAGAAGAGGCCCUCAAACAAAUUCAGGAAUCCAACUUAAAAUCAGAAGUAAACCUUCCCUUUUCCCAUAGACCAACAAUAAACUGGAGAGCUAUAGAUUCUGCCUUGCCUUCAGCAUUAUCAAAAAAUGAUCACAAACAUCAGAAACAACUCUUAUCCAGAAUCAAUUGUGAUAAAGAAAUGAAUGAAAACAUGAGGGCCACCUUGGCUACUAGCAAAAAUGUGUUCCAGCUUAAACUGGAGGAAACUCAGAAACGCCUAGAAGAUCAGCAUCUAAGCAAUUUGCAAAAAUUUUGUGAUGAAGUUAAUCAAAUAACCAAUUCUGAAACCCUCUCAAGUAUAGACAGUCUUGAGCCUACAGAGCAUGAAGAAAUAUAUUUAACACUUAAUAAGGAGCAUUCCACAUCCAUCCAGUGGAAUACCAUUUCCCUCAAACCAGCAAAUAUGCAAUCAACUAAACUCAACUGCUUUGAUGAAGAUAAACUGGCAUUCUCUAAAACUCAACAUAUAAAUAAUUGGCUUACAAAUGUAGAUGCUUCAAAUACUCAGGAUGUCACACCUUUCUCAGAUAUUUUAAGUAAAUCUAAUGUUCUACCUUCAUGGGAAUAUUUUAAUAGUAAAGAACAAAAUCCGUCUUCUUUGAAUGGAACAGUGGAAAGAGCCAAAAAUACUGCUAAUAAUUCAGUACCCUUUGUACCUAGCCCACCUAUAUUUGUACUAGAUAAAAAAUGUGAAAAGACCUCUGAAACUAGCACUAUAAGGAUAACUGACUCCACUUCUGGAGCAUUCAAAAGAGAGAGGCCCUUAGUCACUGAGAGCCCAACAUUUAAAUUUAGCAAAUCCCAAAGCACUUCAGAUUCUCCAACCCAGGAAGUGGCUACAUUUCCAGACCAAGAUAAAUAUUCUGAAUUAAAUCAAGAAAAUGGAACUACUUCAAUUCCUACUUCAUGUGUACCAGUGGCAACGCCUUUAGUUUUGCCAUCUAAUAAACAGUCAGCUAGACCUUCAGCAAAGAACAGUAUACACAUAAAAGAAAUUGAUGCAGUGCAGUGUUCUGAUAAGUUAGAUGAAUUGAAAGAUGGUGAAGAAGAAAAGAUAAAAUAUUUUAAUUGCAAUAAGGGAGAGUUGCCUUUAUUUUCAGACAGUUUUCAAGAUGCCUAUAUACCUCACAAUCCGGAUUCAAAAGAUGAAAAACAAAAAUUCGCUGAAACAUCAUCCCUGUCUAAUGUAACUUCUAAUUAUGACUUUGUUGGCCAGCACAAGAAAAUGAAAUACAACAUCCAUGAGAGAAAUGGUGUGAGGUUUCUUAAAAGUAUUUUAAAGAAAGAAUCUAAAUAUGAACAUGGUUAUCUUAAGGCAUUAAUCAUAAAUCAGAGCUUUAAGUUUGGAAAUCAAAAAGCAGCAGCUAUCAAAGAUAGUAUUGAAUUAACAAAGGAAAGGGAAAAAGGUGCAGAAAUUCCAAAGACUAUUAAAAAACUGAGGUGGUUUGAUGAAACUAGCAGUAUAGAAAACAAUGCUGAAGACAGUCAUUCACUGAAGAAUAAAACAGGAAUAACUCAACAGCAUUCUCAAAAAUUCUGCAUUCAAAGUGGUGCUGGAAGCAACAUAAUUAGUGUUUCUGCUUGUGCUGUAAAUUCUGCUGCUAGAAAGAAGUCCAGGGAGGAUUCUAUCUCUGAAAAUGUUACGACUGGAGCAGACCAUACGCCUUUGAACUGUUUUAUACCUUCAGGUUAUAAUUUUGCUAAACAUGCCUGGCCAGCCUCAAAAAAAGAGGAAAGUAAAAUCCCUGUACAUGAUGAUUCUAAAACUAAGCAAGGUAAGCCACAAAGAGGUGGAGCAAAAAUAAUUAGAAAACCAGGAUCUGCAAAAGUCCAAUCAGGCUUUAUAUGUACAAACAGAAAAGGCACUGUCAUUGAACCACAAUCUGCAAGCAAAGUCAACAUAUUUACACAAGCUCAGGGAAAAUUAAUUAUACCUCGUCCUCCUCCCCAAUCUACAUCAAAUAUUAGAAGUGGUAAAAAUAUACAGGUGUCUCAGUGUCAAUCAGUAACUCCUGAAAAGCCUCAAAACAUUAUUACACAUAACGGUUUUAAUUCAAAACAUGUGCGUCCAACAGAACACAAUUUGAAUCAGUGGAAUCGGGAAAGUAGUUCUCCACUGUCAAAUGCUUGUUCUGAUCUAGUCACUGUGAUACCAUCACUGCCAUCAUAUUGUUCUUCAGACUGCCAAACUUUUGCAAAAAUAAAUCAUUCAAAUGGCACUCAAGCAGUUGCCCAGCAAGAUGGGACAUUAUAUUGCACCCAAAGAAGUCCUGUUUGUGAAGAAAGUUAUCCAUCUGUGACUCCAAGAACUGCUGAAGAAGAAUCGGUUCCCUUGUGGAAAAGAGGGCAUAAUGUCCUGCAUCAAAAUAAGAGGGCUACAGGGUCUACUGUUACGAGAAGAAAACGAAUUGUUGAAACUAAGCGAAGAAAUAUUUUAGAGCAGAAAAGACAAAACCCUGGAUCUGUAGGACAGAAGGACAGUGAGCAAAUUAAUAAUUGUGGACAAAGUGCCCAGCUAAGUUCAAGUGAACCAAAACAAACUACAAGGGGUACUUCUUAUGUUGAAGAAGUUUCAGAUAGUACUUCUGAGUUUUUGAUGGCUGAAAACUUAGUGAAAGCAUCACUGCCGGAGGAUGAGAUUCUGACUGUCUUGAAUAGCAAACAGAUACAGAAAUCAAAUCUACCUUUAAAUAAAACUCAACAAUUCAACAUCUGUACACUAUCAACUGAAGAACAGAAGAUCCUAGAGUCCCUUAAUGAUCUCAAUGAAAGACUACAUUAUAUACAAGAAUCCAUUUGCAAAAACUCAUCCAUCAAAAAAAAUACUUUACAAAUAAUACCACUUCUGGAGAAGAGAGAAGAUAGAACCAGCAGCUGCAGAGACAAGAGAUAAAUUCCAGCAGAAUCCGUCUAAGAAGACCUUUCAGAAGAAGACCUUUCAUGUACUUCUCUAGGACUAGAUGCAUACUAUUUUGUCAAAACCAGCCAUAGGAAAACAUGUGAGCAACAACCCCCGUGAACAUUUGUCCUAACUCAGAUUUUGUGAGCAGUGAAGUUUAACAGAGCUGUGAACAUUUAACAAAGCAGUGAAGUUUAACAAAGUUCUGAGAAUACCAUGAAAGACAUUAUGCCUGCCUGAACAAAAAGCAGGACAUAACCUAGCUCUGAAUACAUGCCACAAGGAUGAAGCUUGUGAGUAGAGCAAACAAACAUUUUUCCACAGAAUUCACAGUGCUCCUUUGUAAUUUAUAGAUUCCAUGUUCAAAUAUAUGUUAAAUAAAAUUUCUGUUUAUUAAACCUCUUUAUUAAACCUCUAACUUACUGAUAAGAUGUUUAUAAAGUAUGGCAUAUUUUGAUUUUUUAAUUGCCCAUUUCAGUGUAAUAAAUAUUCCUAAAGUUACCACAUCCCACAAAAUGGCCUUUGGUGGCAGCAAUAGAGCAAAGGUUACCUUUUUGUAUGGUGAAGGGAGGCCUUCCUAUGGCUGUACAAUUACAUCGAUUCUUCCGAAUUUCAUACAUGGCAUUUUGGCAUACAGAAAAAACAUGAAAUUUUUCAUUAAAAUGUCAUGAAUCAAGCCAGGGCUGUUGGCUCAUGCCUGUAAUCUCAGCACUUUGCAGGCCGAGGUGGGCAGAUGGCUUGAGCUCAGGAGUUCGUGACCAGCCUGGGCAACCCUGUCUCUACAAAAAAUACAAAAGUUAACCAGGCAUGGUGGCAUGCACCUGUAGUCCCAGCUCCUUGGGGCCUGAGGCAAGAGGAUUACUUAAACCCAGGAGGAUUACUUGAACCUGGGAGGUUGAGGCUGCGGUGAGCUGUGUUUCGCCACUGCACACCAGCCUGGGUGACAGUGUGAGACCCGGCCUCAAAAUUUAAAAAAAAUUUUAAAAAGGUAAUGAAUCAAAAUUAGAAAUUAACAGUUUUAAGAAAACAUGUUAUGUGGUCUUUUAUUAAUAACACUACUAAAUUUUGGUUCCUCCCCAUAAUUAGUUUUGAAACACUUGAUGCAGUGAGAAAUGCAUUAACAUGUUGAAUGCCUACCAUGUACCAGAUUUUGUGCAUAUGUUUUUUUAUUUAAUCUGACCAGUCACCCAAACCAUGGGUAUUUUUGUCUCCAUUUUACAGAUGAGAAACUGGAGGCUUAAAGAAGUUAAAUUUACCCAAGCCCACAUAGCUACCGACAGUGAGAGAAUCAAGAUUCAAACUCAGGUUUAUCUGGUUCCAAAACCCAUGUUCUUUCUGCCACACCUUGUUGGUAGAAAUGGAAACUAUUGGAUGAAAUGAGGGAAAACAGAAAAUGAAUUCACUUUUUCAAUGAAGAAAAUUAGUGAAAAAAUUGACCUAAUGAAGGAAACAUUUGUGCUUUCCUAUAUUUUGAAUUAUAAGAGUAGGCUUUAGGAAGGCAACAGAAAAUUUAGUGCUUAGACUUUUAAAUAGAAAGUUGUGUGCCCUUUUAGAAAAUACUUGAGAAUUUUUAUACUAUCAAGAAAAAAUUAUGUGAAUUAAGAUGUAAUUUAUAAAAUAACAUUUCAAUGGGGGCAAGCAGGCCAGAAGAGUGUGCCAAGUUGUUUCUGAAUCAUUCUAAGCACCUCAGAUGAAAACUCACUUUUAUU